AUGAGAGAACAGGCCACUGAUAGGAAAGUCCAAUACGUUUUAGACAUACCUUUUAAGAGAACAACAUGUCGCGUGUGUGGCAUGGCGUACAGCUCUCAAGUACGCGCUGACGCGGAAGUACACAGGAAAUAUCACACACAAUUUACGAAUGGUGUCACCUGGCCUCAAUCGUUGAACUUGGACCCAUUAAGCUCCUUUGCUAUUGUUCGUAGAGAAAAGUCUAAACAAUUGGGCAAGUUAAAGAGUUCGACAGUUUCCAAGCGUGUCAAGGUCCACAUUCAAACUAUUGAUAAACAAAACAAGAGGCACAUUGACAAAGUCAACCAGAUCUUGCAAAUGGUAAAUAGAGAACUUAAUGCCACUGAUGAUUCGAAGGAGUGGAUGUCGAGCAAAUUCAAGUUUAGUAAAGCUUUUGUCGUUUUAGUUGAAGGUAAAGCUAUUGGUCUAUGUACGACAGAUUCUAUAAACGAAGCAAAAUGGAUGGUUUAUAAUACACAAGUAAUAGUUCCCAACCAAGUGAUGAAAAACAUCCGUAUAGGUAUUUCGCGAAUUUGGAUUUCAGCGGACUGGAGACAACAUGGAUUGGCGAAGAAAUUGUUAGAUUGUGUAAUGGCAAACUCAGUUUAUGGACAAAUCUUGCGCAAAAGCCAAAUCGCAUUUAGUCAACCAAGUUAUGGUGGUGGAUUAUUAGCCAAAGCAUUCAAUGGCGUUAUUCAUAAAAGUGGAGAAACAUUGAUACCAGUAUAUUUUGAGAAGUAA